AUGGAAGCGACGGGGUUGGAGAAGGAGCAGAGAGCGGAGGCCUCAGCAGAACGGGCCGGACAGCAGGGACCCAAAGCGAUGGACGCCGCGCCCAGCGAGGAGGCGCUUCGAAGCCACGCAGCGCCCACGGAGAGCCCCGCUCAAGCCCAGGACACCGUCGCCGAAGCCGAUCUCCACGACAGCGAGGAGCGUGAGGCCCAGGCCCAGCUCGAGGAGGUCGCUCAGUGCCCCAUCACGCCGCCUUCCGAGCUUCUGCAGCGCUAUCUGGACCGCGAGCCGUUCCGACCGAAGAAGAAAGUCCCCGGCUUGCUGCGAGGCGGCGACGACGUUCUUCUGCGCCCGCCUCCCGCGGAAAAGGACGAGUACUGCGCGCUGUCGCCGCCCACGCCGCUGCCGGUGCUGAGCGGAGAUCUGGAGCGAUUCGUUUCGCUGCUGCUGGAGAAGGACGGAGCGGAGAUCAAGAACGGGAAGUUCCAGUUCGCGGUGCCCGACGCCCUGCACGACGAGUAUCACUAUCUGAGCGAGUACCGCGCGAAGUACGUCCGGGAUGCGUUCUGCUUCGCGUGGGCGGGGUACCGGAAGUUCGCGUGGGGCGCCGACGAGGUGCAUCCGCGGUCGGGAGGCCGCGGAAACAACUGGGGCGGGUUCGGGAUGACGAUUCUGGACGCGCUGGACACGCUGAAGCUGCUGGGGCUGGAGAAAGAGCUGAGCGACGCGACGGAGUGGGUGGAGAAGAACGUGGAGUUCGACCGGUACGUGAGCGUGUCGGUGUUCGAAACGAACAUCCGCGUGGUGGGCGGCCUGCUGGCGGCGUACGACCUCACGGAGAACAAGAUGUUCCUGAAGAAGGCGAGGGACAUCGCGGACCGCUUGCUCCCCGCGUUCAACACGCCCUCUGGCUAUCCCAAAUCCUCGAUCAAUCUGAAGACGGGCGAGGCGCAGGUGCCGUCGUGGACCCGCGGGAAAGUGAUUCUCGCCGAGCUGGGCUCGAUGUCGCUGGAGUACUUAUACCUGGCGCGUGCGUCGAAGGAGAAGAAAUACAAGAAGGUGAUCGACAAGAUGUACGAGACGCUGAAGAACACGCCGACGGCGGACGGCAUGCUGUCGCUCUUCCUGAACCCCAACACGGGCAAACACGACGGCCAGACCUUCAGCAUGGGCGCGAGCAGCGACUCCUACUACGAAUACCUCCUCAAGAUGUGGAUCCAGAGCGGCAAAAAGGACAAAACGCUCCAGAAGAUGUACAACGAGGCCGUCGACGGAUUCACCAAGCGGCUCCUCCGGCGCAGCCCCAGCGGGCUUCUCUACUGCGGCGAGCAGAGCGCGAGCGGCUCGUUCAAGGCGGAGAUGGGCCAUCUGACCUGCUUCGUGGGCGGCAUGCUGGCGCUGGGCGUGCUGCACAACGUGAGUCCCGCGACUUCGGAGCGCGAUCUGGAGAACGCGAAGGCUCUGGCGUACAGCUGCUACCUGAUGUACCGGAGCACGCAGACGGGCAUCUCGGCGGAGGGAAUGUUCUUCAACGGGGACAAGCCCACGGUGAACUCGCGCGCGACGUACUACAUUCUGCGGCCCGAGGCGCUGGAGACGAUGUACUACCUGAACCAGAUCACGGGCGACCCGAUCUAUCGCGAGUGGGGCUGGGAGAUGUGGAAGGGAAUCGAUACGUACUGCCGCACGAACUAUGGAUACACCCACUUGCGGAAUGUGAACGAUAAAGCGUCGCAGGAGGAUCGUGCGGAGAGCUUCUUCUUCGCAGAGACGCUGAAAUACGUGUAUUUGUUGUUCAAGGACGAGAAGAUUGUGGAUCUUACGAAACAAGUGUUUAAUACGGAGGCCCAUCCGUUAAGGGUGUUUAAGUGA